ACCGUGCUGGCCAACCACUGGGGCAAAGAUGCUGAGAGCCAAGGAUGCUGUCCUGCGCCUGCGGCCCUGCUGCUGCAUUUGCCCGGCACAGCUUCCAGCCUGGAGGCUCUCAUGGCGGUCGCUGCACAGGCAGCCGCUUCACCCUGAAUGGGCUGCCCUUGCUGAGAAGCAGCUGAAAGGCAAGAACCCGAAGGAUUUAAUCUGGCAUACCCCAGAGGGGAUCGACAUCAAGCCCUUGUACUCCAAAAGGGACACGAAGGAUCUCCCCGAGGAGCUGCCAGGGGUGAAACCUUUCACUCGAGGGCCUUACCCCACCAUGUACACGUACAGGCCGUGGACCAUCCGCCAGUACGCUGGCUUCAGUACGGUGGAGGAGAGCAACAAGUUCUACAAGGACAAUAUUAAAGCUGGCCAGCAGGGAUUGUCCGUUGCUUUUGACUUAGCUACCCACCGUGGUUAUGAUUCAGAUAAUCCACGAGUUCGAGGGGAUGUUGGAAUGGCUGGAGUCGCCAUUGAUACAGUGGAAGACACCAAAAUCCUUUUUGAUGGAAUUCCUUUAGAGAAAAUGUCCGUUUCUAUGACAAUGAAUGGAGCAGUCAUUCCUGUAUUGGCAACGUUCAUUGUGACUGGAGAGGAGCAGGGAGUACCUCAGGCCAAGCUGACAGGGACAAUCCAGAAUGACAUACUGAAGGAGUUCAUGGUCCGGAAUACGUACAUCUUCCCUCCAGAACCAUCCAUGCGGAUUAUUGCAGACAUCUUCCAGUACACCUCAAAGUAUAUGCCAAAAUUUAAUUCCAUUUCAAUCAGUGGAUACCACAUGCAAGAGGCAGGAGCAGAUGCCAUUCUGGAAUUAGCUUAUACUAUAGCAGAUGGCUUGGAGUACUGCAGAACUGGACUUAAAGCUGGCCUUACCAUUGAUGAAUUCGCACCAAGACUCUCCUUCUUCUGGGGAAUUGGCAUGAAUUUCUAUAUGGAAAUAGCUAAGCUACGAGCUGGGAGGCGGCUGUGGGCUCACUUAGUAGAGAAGAUGUUUAAGCCCAAGGAUCCCAAAUCUCUUCUGCUGAGAGCUCAUUGUCAGACUUCAGGCUGGUCACUCACGGAGCAGGAUCCCUUUAACAACGUUAUUCGUACUACCAUUGAAGCAAUGGCUGCGGUGUUUGGGGGUACACAGUCCUUGCAUACAAAUUCCUUUGAUGAAGCUUUGGGUUUGCCUACGGUGAAGAGUGCUCGCAUUGCUCGCAAUACGCAGAUCAUUAUACAGGAGGAGUCAGGGAUUCCUAAAGUGGCGGACCCCUGGGGGGGAUCUUACCUCAUGGAGUGCCUCACCGAUGAUGUCUAUGAAGCUGCUUUGAAGCUCAUUGAGGAGAUUGAAGAAAUGGGUGGAAUGGCCAAAGCUGUUGCUGAGGGAAUUCCCAAACUUCGUAUUGAAGAGUGUGCAGCCCGAAGACAAGCCAGGAUUGACUCUGGGUCUGAAGUAAUUGUUGGAGUAAACAAGCAUCAGCUAGAAAAAGAAGAGACAGUUGAAGUUCUGGCUAUAGAUAAUACUACAGUCCGUAGCAAGCAGAUCGAGAAGAUUAAUAAGGUGAAGGCUAGCAGAGAUCCAGAAGCAGCCCAGCGAUGUCUUGCUGCUCUAACACAGUGUGCAGCUACAGGUGAAGGCAAUUUACUGGCUCUCGCAGUGGAAGCAGCACGUUCAAGGUGCACCGUUGGAGAAAUAACAGAUGCGAUGAAGAAGGUGUUUGGAGAGCAUAAAGCCAGUGACCGAAUGGUGAGCGGAGCUUACCGCCAGGAGUUUGGAGAGAGUGAUGAAAUUCUUCAUGCCAUCAAUAGAGUUAACAAGUUCAUGGAUCGUGAAGGACGCAGGCCUCGUAUACUGGUUGCAAAGAUGGGUCAAGAUGGCCAUGACAGAGGAGCUAAAGUUAUUGCUACAGGAUUUGCAGACAUUGGCUUUGACGUGGACAUAGGUCCUCUCUUCCAGACACCUCGAGAAGUGGCCCAGCAGGCAGUCGAUGCAGACGUGCACUGUGUCGGUGUGAGCACACUUGCAGCAGGUCAUAAAACUCUUGUGCCUGAGCUCAUCAAAGAACUGGACGCCCUCGACCGGCCAGACAUUCUUGUCAUAUGCGGAGGUGUCAUCCCGCCACAGGAUUAUGACUUCCUGUAUGAAGCGGGUGUUACCAACGUGUUUGGUCCAGGGACUCGCAUUCCAAAAGCAGCUGUCCAAGUGCUGGAUGAUAUUGAGAAGUGCCUGGAGAAGAGGCAGCAGUCUGUGUAAUGCUGAAACCUAACACAACUCAGCCAGCCUUAUAUUAAUCACUUACAGAAUGUAAUCAUCAGCAAGGGAUGGCCAGACACAUACCUUUGUUUCCACUGCCCUCUGGCCUGGUGUUUUGUGCUUUCUAAGAAAGUUGUAAAUUCUCUGCUUGUUCUGUUUGAGGAUUAUUUAUGUAUUUACGCACAAGAUAAUUUUAUCUCUAGAACUACAAAUUCAAAGAAUUAAUGAAGUUCAGUGGGUGGGUUUUUUGUUUUGUUUUGUUUUGUUUUUCUUUUCUUCUUAUUUUUCCCAGGUAUAAAUAAAACAUAUGUUCUAGCUCUUUG